AUGGGAUAUGGCAAAGAUGGUAAUGAUUUUGAUGGGAUUUUACAGUCUGCUCAUUGGUGCUUUAUACCUCACAGUAAGAGAGCAAGGCAAGUCUUGUUAGUACUUGUGAUGUUGGUACAGCGAUGCCAGCAGCAAUCACUAAAGCUGAACAAAGACUCCUACCUGCAGACUGGAACAGCCAGUCUCCCUGGAAUUUCCCUUGGAAAGGAACAUAAGGACAGCACUGCAGCAUCAGGUGCCCAGAGGUGGAGGGCAGCAGUGAGGAGCUUUGUUAAGUACUCUGCCUGGUUCUGGCACUGUCGUUCUCUAGGGACAAUGGAGAGCUGCGUCAGGAUCACAGGUGUAAUGGGAACUACAGGACCAUCUCUCACCAGGUACUUUGUUCCCAUGCUCCUCCUUCAGAUGGCAGCACCAAGUUCAGAACAAUUUACAGUGACUGGCUUACGGGGGCCAAUCUUGGCUCCUUUGCGUGGAAUAGUUGAACUCAGUUGCCAGCUGUCCCCUCCCCAAAAUGCAGAACACAUGGAGAUACGCUGGUUCCGGGAUCACUAUACACAACCUGUUCACCUAUACAACAAUGGCAAAGACCUGCAUGUAGAAACUAUCUCCAGGUAUGUGGAGCGGACAGAGCUCCUGAAAGAAGCUAUCAGAGAGGGUAAAGUCACCCUCAGGAUCCUCAAUGUCAGUGUUGAUGACGAUGGGCAGUACCACUGCUUCUUCAAAGAUGGUGCUUUCGAUGAAGAAGCCAUCACAGAAGUGAAGGUCACAG